GUAAACAUUUCCGUCCGUGCCUGGGAGUUUAUCGCGUUAGUGAGCGGACAGGAAAACUGCCGCAAACACAAAAGUCCGUUUUCGACAGUGUCCACAAAUCAGAAACACCAGAUUACAUCGACGGACACUGACGAAAACGGGGUGACGUGAACAGUCCGGAAAAACACCUUUUCAUGUCGAUGUUAAAAAGAGAGAGAGAGAGAAAGAGAGUCGCAUUUGAAAUCGAAACCAAAAGUUUGAAACUUGCUUUUGACAAGGCGCCAUUUCAGAAUGCUGCGAGCCGAAGCUUAGGCCUACAAUUUCUAUCAUAUUUAUUGGAGAACGCGGCCUGAUCAAAUGAGUCUCUAUGAAGAUAGAGAGGAGGGGGAUGUUGUUUACCACGAGAACCAGAGAGCAUCAUCCUCAGAACCCAGUUGUGUGUCUAUAAAGAGUGAUGGAUCCAUGAAACACCCCAUUACAUUCAGUGAUGGACCAGGGACCUCCAACCCCAGGAGAACGCGGCCUGAUCAAAUGAGUCUCUAUGAAGAUAGAGAGGAGGGGGAUGUUGUUUACCACGAGAACCAGAGAGCAUCAUCCUCAGAACCCAGUUGUGUGUCUAUAAAGAGUGAUGGAUCCAUGAAACACCCCCUUACAUUCAGUGAUGGACCAGGGACCUCCAACCCCAGUAUGGAUAGAGAUGAACAGACUGGAGAGAUAGAACAGGAUUGUCACCUACCAGUUGAUAAUAAACUACAGAGAGUCAAAAACCAACACAAAACCAGUAUGAAGAAAAAGUAUGAGAGUUUAUUUGAAGGAAUUAAACAACAAGAGAAUCAAACCCUCUUAAACAGCAUCUACACACAGCUUUACAUCGUAGAGGGAGAGAGAGAAGGAGUGAACGAAGAUCAUGAGGUUUUACAGAUGGAGAAAACUCCCAGAACACAACACUCACAAGACACUGCAAUUUGCUGCAAUGACAUCUUUAAACUCAUAACUGAACCAGGAUUUGAGGAGAAAGACAGAAUAAAGACCGUUCUUACUAAAGGCAUCGCUGGAAUCGGAAAAACGGUCUCUGUGCAGAAGUUCAUUCUGGACUGGGCUGAGGGAAAAGCCAAUCAGGAUGUAGAUUUCAUGUUUGUGCUUGCAUUUCGAGAGCUGAACUUGAUCCGGGAUCAUCAGUACAGUCUUCACAGACUUCUGCUGGACUUUCAUCCUGAACUUCAAGAUCUGGACUCCAAGAUUUAUGAGGAGUGUAAAGUUGUGUUCAUCUUUGAUGGUCUGGAUGAAAGUAGAAUCACAUUGAUGUUUUCAGAUGAUCAGAAAGUUUGUGAUGGGACUGAGACUUCAUCAGUGGGUGUGUUGAUAUCAAACCUGAUGAAAGGAAAGCUACUUCCCUCUGCUCUCAUCUGGAUCACCUCCAGACCAGCAGCAGCCAAUCAGAUCCCCUCCAAAUACAUCAACCGUCUGACAGAAAUACAGGGAUUCAAUGAGCCUCAGAAGGAGGUUUAUUUCAGGAAGAGAAUCAGUGACGAGCAUAAAGCCAGCAGAAUCAUCUCACACAUCAGAAAAACAAGAAGCCUCCACAUCAUGUGCCACAUCCCCGUCUUCUGCUGGAUCUCAUCCACUGUGCUACAAGACAUCAUAAAACACAAAGACAGUGCAGAAAUCCCUAAAACUCUGACUGAAAUGUACAUCCACUUCCUGCUCAUUCAGAUAAGCAUGACAAAUCAGAAGUAUGAAGAGAGAGAUCCAGGGAAACUAGUGCAGUCCAAUAGAGAAGUGAUUGUGAAACUUGCUGAUCUGGCUUUCAAACAACUGAUGAAGGGCAAUGUGAUGUUCUAUGAGGAGGACCUGAUUGAGAGCAGCAUAGACAUCACUGAUGCAUCAGUGUAUUCUGGGAUUUGCACUGAAAUCUUUAAGGAAGAAUCUGUGAUUCAGCACAGGAAGGUCUAUUGCUUCAUACAUCGGAGCUUUCAGGAGUUUUUAGCUGCUUUCCAUGUAUUUUACUCCUAUCUAAUGAAGAAAAUGGAGUCAUUGCAGUUUUUUCUGGAUAGCAGACAUGAGAAGUGCACAUCUAAGCCAUUAUUUUUGUGUGAGCUUCUAAAAUCAGCAGUUUCUAAAACUCUCCAGAGUAAAAACGGGUACCUUGAUCUUUUUCUGCGAUUCCUGUUGGGUAUCUCACUGGAGUCCAAUCAAAGACUCUUAGAUGAUUUACUGGCACAAACAGAAAACAGCUCAGAGACUAUCAGAGAAAUCACACAGUACAUUAAAGACAAAAUUAAAGAAAGUUAUGGUCUCUUAGCUGAGAGAUCCAUCAGUCUAUUCCUCUGUCUUCUUGAAGUAAAUGAUAAUACGUUGUACAAAGAGAUUGAGGAGUUUGUGAAAUCUGGCAAACAUUCAGAGAAUAAACUCUCCCCUGGUCACUGCUCAGCAAUAGCCUACAUUCUUCAAAUGUCAGAGGAGGUGCUAGAGGAAUUGGAUCUGAUGAAAUACAACACAUCAAAUGUGGGAAGAAGGAGACUGAUACCAGCACUAAUUAACUGCAAAAAAGCUAUACUUGCUGGAUGUCAUCUUUCUGAUCAGCACUGUGAAAGUUUGUCUUCAGCUCUGCAAUCGUCAAACUCACAUCUGAAAGAGCUGGACCUGCAUAAUGAUGACCUGCAGGAUUCAGGAUUGAAGCUGCUGUCUGUUGGACUGAAAAGUUCAGACUGUCAACUAAACAUACUGAGAUUGCCAGGCUGUAGAUUGACUGGUGAGUGCUGUGAAAGUUUGUCUUCAGCUCUCCAAUCAAACUCCCAUUUGAGAGAACUGGACCUCAGUAACAAUGACCUGAAGGAUUCGGGAGUGAAGCUACUUUCAGAUGGACUGAAGAGUUCACAUUGUCAACUAAACAUACUGAGGUUGGUCACCUGUAAUAUCACUGGUCAGUGCUGUGAAAGUUUGUCUUCAGCACUACAGUCAUCAUACUCCUGUCUUAGAGAGCUUGACCUGAGUAACAAUGAUCUGCAGGAUUCAGGAGUGAAGCUACUGUCAAGAAGUCUGAAAAGUUCACUAUGUCAACUGAACAUACUGAGACUGUCUGGCUGUAUGGUGACAGAGGAAGGCUUUCUUUAUGUGGAUUUAGCUCUGAAUUCAAACCCCUCACACCUGAGAGAGCUGGAUCUGAGCUACAAUCACCCAGGAGAAUUAGGAGUGAAGCUGCUUUCUGAAAAACUGGAAGAUCCAAACUACUCAUUGGACAAACUUAAUGUAGAUCAUGGAGGAGAGUUGAGGAUUACAGCUGGACUACACAAAUAUGCCUAUGAUCUCACACUGGAUCCAAAUACAGCACACAAUCAUCUCAUUCUGUCUGAGAAUAAAACAAAGGUGGCACACGUGGAAGAGUAUCAGUCAUAUCCUGAUCAUCCAGACAGAUUUGAUGGAUGUCCUCAGGUUCUGUCUAGAAAGAGCCUGUCUGGACGCUGUUACUGGGAGGUUGAAUGAAGUGGAAAUGCUAUUAUAUCAGUGACAUAUAAAGGAAUCAGAAGGAAAGGAGGAAGUUGUUCAUGUGAGUUUGGAUACAAUAAAAACUCCUGGAGUUUGAUGUGUAUUAAUAAUAGAUAUACUGUCUGGCACAAUCUUAGUUCAAUUGACUUACGUUUCCCGUUACACUCCUCUAAGAGAGUAGGAGUGUAUGUGGAUGUGUCGGCUGGAACUCUGUCCAUCUACAAUGUCUCAGACUCACACUCACUCACACACUUACACACAUUCACCUCCACAUUCACCGAACCUCUCUAUGCUGGAUUUACAGUUUUUGAAUCAUUGUCUCUCUGUCAGGUUGAAAAACCAGUAAGUAACAACAGAGACAGCUUACCUUUGGUUUGACUCUGUUAAUUAUGAGGAUUGUAUAAGUAGUUGAGCAACAUUUACUUUUGUUAUUAUUAAAUUGUUUUUUAAUUAUGUAUUUAUAUAUUUUUGUGGUCUGUAAAAAAAGCUGUAACAUGCACGUACACACACACACACACACAUGCAUAUACAAUACAGUAAAUGUUUAGGCCUAAUUGUAAAUAAGACAAAUUAGUCAUCUUUCAAAUAUUUUUUCUUGAACUAGGAGUCAGCAGAAAGUAAUAUCAAUGCUUGCUUGAAGUCAUGAGGUCAUAGUUAUUGUAAAUUAUGGUGUCUGUUUAACUGAUUACAUGAUGUCAAUAAAGCACAUAAUGUUUAUUGGA